CAGAUCGGUAUCAAGUAAUUGCUUGUUCUCUUGCUACAUCUGCAAGGAAGUGGUGUUUCUGAGAAAUAAACCAUUAAUCUGGUUAUGAACAUGCAUGCGGUAUCAGACUAUAAGAAACGUUUUCUGAUGUUGACAAGCAAGAAAAUGGACACAAGCUCUUCAGGUGGUGGUGGUGGCGGUGGUGCUAGCAGUGGCACUACUGGAGAUGCUGGACCAGAGCCACAGCCUGCAACAGGGAUUUCUUCCUCCUCUUCCUCUUCCUCAGAAAGUGGUACUUCAGCUGAUAGGACACCCAGAAAGAAAGAUCGAGCAUCCCCAGUAGCAGAGCCCCCAGGUCCACUGGUUGGAAUUCCUCCUGUCAUUACAGGUGGAAGUAUGGGUGGUGGCGGCAGCAGCAGUGGAAGUAGCAGUGGAAGUAUGGAAGGUGGCGUCUCUGAAACUCCCGAAGGCAGAAGAACUAGUCGAAGAAAAAGAGCUAAAGUUGAAUACCGGGAGAUGGAUGAGAGCCUUGCCAACUUGUCUGAAGAUGAGUAUUAUUCUGAGGAAGAGAGAAAUGCAAAAGCUGAAAAAGAAAGAAAACAAGUUGUUGUACCACAACCACCACCGCCUGAAGAGGAGAAUGAUAGUGAGCCUGAAGAACCAUCUGGUAUGUCAGACAGCAGUUGGGGUGUGGAAGGAGCCGCUUUCCAAAGUAGAUUGCCACAUGACCGCAUGACAUCACAGGAAGCAGCCUGUUUUCCUGACAUUAUAAGUGGCCCACAGCAAACACAGAAAGUGUUCUUGUACAUCAGGAACCGCACGGUGAUACUGUACUGAUACACAGAAUACACAGUUAUCUUGAAAGGCAUGGAUUAAUAAACUUCGGAAUCUACAAAAGAAUGAAGCCACUACCAACAAAGAAAACUGGAAAGGUGAUUGUCAUUGGCUCAGGGGUGUCUGGCUUGGCUGCAGCUCGUCAGUUACAGAGUUUUGGAAUGGAUGUGACAGUGCUGGAGGCCAGGGAUCGUGUUGGCGGAAGAGUUGCCACAUUCCGCAAAGGAAGCUAUGUUGCAGACUUGGGUGCUAUGGUUGUCACUGGACUGGGGCGAAAGAUGUGCAAAUGUUCCUAAAGAAAAAGAUGAAAUGGUUGAACAGGAAUUUAAUCGUCUCCUUGAAGCAACGUCGUACCUCAGUCACCAGCUAGAUUUUAAUUUCCUUAACAACAAGCCAGUUUCCUUAGGGCAAGCCUUAGAAGUGGUAAUCCAGUUGCAAGAAAAACAUGUGAAAGAUGAGCAGAUAGAACAUUGGAAAAAAAUUGUUAAAACUCAGGAAGAACUUAAGGAACUACUCACCAAGAUGGUGACUAUGUUGGAGAAAGUAAAAGAACUUCAUCAGCAAUAUAAAGAGGCAUCAGAGGUGAAGCCUCCUCGUGAUAUCACUGCAGAGUUCCUUGUGAAAAGCAAACACCGAGACUUAACUGCUCUCUGCAAAGAGUAUGAUGAGCUGGCAGAAUCCCAGGUAAAAAUGGAAGAAAAACUACAAGAACUUGAAGCUAACCCUCCCAGUGAUGUUUACCUGUCAUCACGUGACAGACAGAUUUUGGACUGGCACUUUGCUAAUUUGGAGUUUGCAAAUGCCACACCUCUUUCCACACUCUCUUUGAAGCACUGGGACCAGGAUGAUGAUUUUGAGUUCACGGGUAGUCAUCUAACUGUGCGCAAUGGAUAUUCCUGUGUACCAGUUGCUUUAGCGGAAGGGUUGGAUAUUAAGUUGAACACAGCAGUCCGGCAGGUUCGCUACACUGCUUCAGGUUGUGAAGUGAUAGCCGUAAAUACACGUUCCACUAGUCAGACCUUCAUUUACAAGUGUGAUGCCGUACUCUGCACUCUUCCCCUUGGUGUAUUAAAACAACAACCUCCAGCUGUGCAGUUUGUGCCUCCCUUGCCAGAGUGGAAAACCUCAGCUAUACAGAGAAUGGGAUUUGGCAAUCUUAACAAGGUGGUGCUUUGUUUUGACAGAGUUUUCUGGGAUCCAAGCGUUAACCUGUUCGGUCAUGUAGGGAGUACCACUGCUAGCAGGGGAGAGCUCUUCCUUUUCUGGAAUCUCUAUAAAGCCCCAAUCUUGUUAGCCUUGGUGGCUGGAGAAGCAGCAGGUAUCAUGGAGAACAUCAGUGAUGAUGUCAUUGUUGGACGUUGUCUUGCUAUCCUGAAAGGAAUCUUUGGAAGUAGUGCAGUACCACAGCCAAAAGAAACUGUAGUAACUCGUUGGCGUGCUGACCCUUGGGCUCGAGGUUCUUACUCCUAUGUUGCAGCUGGAUCAUCAGGUAAUGACUAUGACUUGAUGGCACAGCCAAUAACACCAGGGCCAUCCAUUCCAGGAGCACCACAGCCAAUUCCUAGACUGUUCUUCGCUGGAGAGCAUACAAUUCGCAACUACCCUGCCACUGUACAUGGUGCUCUGCUCAGUGGACUAAGGGAAGCUGGUCGAAUUGCAGACCAGUUCCUGGGAGCCAUGUAUACACUUCCCCGCCAGCCUACAACAGUAGUUCCUGCACAGCCAUCACCGAAUAUCUGAGACUGCAGAAGUAAUCUUGAUGAACUGUUUAAAUCUCUAUAGUAGCAUGUGCUUGAGAGUUUAGCUCAUCUACAACUGAAUUGCCCCCUAGUUUAUUUUUGGAAUUGUUAUUGUGGAGCAGACUUACACAAACAAUGAGCCUAAAGAGAGCGUCUUAAGUGGGAGGGGCAUAUCUACUCCAAGCAUUUGAACCAACUGAGUGUCGGCUGGUGAAACUGUAUGUCUGGAACUUUGUAGCAUUAACUCUUUGCAAAGUAUGGCUGUUAACAGACAUUACAGCAUCCUUUUUUGUGUGCUUCAACUUUAUUUUUUUUUAAUUUGGUAUACUGUAAAAUUGUGAGCAGUUUUUCUACUAUGAAUUGUUUGCUUAUAACAUAGAUGUUUUUCUUGGGGGUUGUGCAGCUGCUAGCGAACUAUAUUUUGCAUACAAUGUCUUUUUUACUCAAAAGAAAUGUGUAGACUUCACUAAAAUUAAAAUUCUCUUUUUUUUUCAA